UAUAUAAGCUGCAGAAUUGCACCACCUGAACACAAGCGCUGCCAAGUGGACUUGUGAGAUACUCUACCUUAGAGCCAUGAAGGUCCUUGUCGUUCUUGUCCUUGCUGCUUUCACUGGCUGUAAUGCCAGCCUCCUCUAUGCUGAUCAACCCAAGACAAAGCUGGACGAGCUGACUGAUACAUUCUGGGAUUAUGUCAAUGUAGCCAAACAGACGACUGAUGAGACUGUUGAAAAGUUCCAGCAGACUGAGUUUGGACAGGAUCUGAGUGCCCGUCUAGAAGAGGGUGCCAAAGUGGCCAGCACGUAUGGUGAAGCAUUCUGGACGCAGGUCCCUAAAAAUGUGAGGGAAACAAUCGAAGUGUAUGUCAUUAUGAUGCCUUACGGGCUUGCAUUGACAGCAGAACGCAAGAUGACUACCUUCAAGAAAAAGCUUGAUCCCAUUGUUGAUAGGAUGGCUCCUCUGGCAGAGAAGAUUUCAAGCGACUUGACGCUGAGAGCCCAGCAGGUGAAAGAUACGACUGCUCCAUACGUUGAAAAGCUGAAGGAAAAGCUGGACCCCUUGGCCCAGGACAUCAAGGCUCGUUUUCAAACCCUCUACGACUCCUUCGUUAACACCAAUUAAGCUUCACUCCACCUGACGCAGAAAUGAAACAAAGUGCAUCAAAUGAAACAGUAUUUUCUGAUCUCAAGACCUAUUCAUGUGUAAGUGUACAACAUCACCAGCUUUCCUGUAACAACUGUGGAACACAGCUUUGGACAUAUGUCAAAUAUUAAAAAGAUGAUGAAUAUGUUGAGUGUUGGUCUGUGACCACACACUGAGUUCUCACCCUAUAUCA